AUGUACGAAGGGAUUGACAACCUGAAAUCCCUUUACGACCGUGCCGGGAAGACUUUCUCCGGCGGUCCUUCUGCGGCACAGGAUGUGCCGCGUCGUACUGCUCGACCAGACCCAGUACGUCAACCAUCAAUUGGGAGCGGGGCUCCCAAGAAUCCCAGGACGGGGGAUAGCCGCGCCACCGGACGAGGUAACUCGUCCGACGUCCGUUCACGUCGCGGUGGUUCAACAGCCGCUCAAUCAGAUAGCGCUGGACACCUCGAGAGUCCUUUAAUGGAGGUGGAGGAGGAGGAAAUACGCUCUCCACACGAUCAUGUGGAUCGGUGUGUUCCCGAGAGCUUCUUUGAUCGCGUAACGCAAGGGUUACGCGACGAUCUCGAGCAUGAGCGGAAUAGGCGUCUCCAGAUGGUGGACACUGCCUUGAAGCAUCGAGCUGAGUUUGCCUUUGCUCAGCUUGAGAACGAGAGAUCUCUGACAUCUCUUCGUGACGAGCUAAGGGUAGCUCGUGGGAUUGUUGAUCGGUCUCGGGACCAGAUAGCUGCUCUUCAGACCCUUGUUGAUGCCCACCAUCGGGAGCACAAGGCUCUCUGCGAGAUGCUUGAGCGCAAGGGCGUUCUUCAUCGGAAGAAGCAGCGUACUGAUGGUACGGCUUAA